UUCCCUCAGGUAUUCAACAGUCAAUAGCGAACGGACGAUAUGCUGCAGUGGUCAGGACGUGUAGCUCUAGUAACAGGGGCUUCGGUCGGUAUCGGGGCGGGGCUGGUCAAGGCACUGGUCAAGCAUGGCAUGAAGGUGGUGGGGUGUGCAAGAAAUAUCGACAAAAUACAGACUCUAACAGCUGAACUGAAGGGUCAACCUGGCAUGGUCAAGGCAGUGCGCUGUGAUGUAUCCAAGGAAGAAGAUGUCUUGGCGAUGUUCCAGACGAUCAAGGCUGACCCUGAUCUUGGCGGAGUGGACGUAUGCAUCAACAACGCUGGUCUGGCCCAUAACGACCCCCUGUUGACAGGCAGCAUCCCCGAGUGGAGGGAAAUGGUGAAUGUGAAUAUCCUUGGCCUAUGCAUGUGCACCAGAGAGGCCUUCAAGUCCAUGCAGGAGAGGAAGGUGGAUGAUGGGCAUAUCAUCCUGCUCAACAGCAUGUCUGGUCAUCGAGUUAUAGGGAACAGUGCUUUUCACUUCUAUUCUGCUACAAAGUUUGCUGUGACAGGAAUAGUUGAAGGACUCCGACAAGAGUUGAGAGAGUUGAAAAGCGGGAUCCGUGUAACGUCAAUAAGUCCAGGUCUGGUGGAGACAGAGUUCAGCUAUCGAAUGAUGAAGGACGAUGGAGAAGCUAAGGCGAUUUACAGCUCAAUUCCGUGUCUGCAGGUGGAUGACAUCACGAACACUGUGAUAUUUUCCUUACAGUCUCCAAAGCACAUGGAGAUAAAUGAUGUCCUUAUGAGACCUACAGCCCAAGCCUGGUGAUUUAGAAGAGAACUCAGUCAGCAAGAUAUUUCAAUGCUGUGGUUUUGGUGUACUACAUGUCAACAUAUAAUCAGAUUAGUGAAAGUAGUAUUACAAUAUCACGCAGACUUGCAAACUACCAAAGAUGUACCUGUUAUCAUGGAAUGGUGCUAAAUCGUGUUAGCCCUGAAACGUUGUUGACAUUGUCUUGGAUGUUUCUGUUGUAUAUAUGCAUGUAGUUUAGUACGCUGACACCAAAUAUUGAGAAAGUUUUAAAGGUUAAAAUAUAAAUUUAAGCAUUUGGAUCACUGCUGACUCAGAAAACAUUUUGUUUUCAGUUGUAACUCUAUCCUGCUUUAAUCCCAAUAAAAUCUGACCUUAGAGCUUGGUUGCCAAUGA